AUGGAGCUCUUCGACCUUCUAGACUUCUCCAGCCUUGCUCAAGAGCCGUCUUACCGGUUGUCGGGUGGAGAUAAGCGUAAAUUAUCCGUUGCAAUGGCUUUUAUCGGUCAACCAACACUGGUGAUGCUGGACGAGCCGACCUCGGGCGUUGAUCCAUAUUCGCGUCGUUGCAUAUGGAGUUUAUUACGUCAUUUACGAGAGGGACGAAUCAUCAUACUAAUCACACACUAUAUGGAUGAAGCUGACAUACUGGCGGGUAAGUUUGGUGCCGAUUGGAGAGAAGAGUAUAUAAAUACACCAUUGAACUUGGUUAAUUCGCAUAGUCAUACAUUUCGUUGUGUAUGUGUGUGUAGGUGUGACAACAGCCCCUUCAGGGGUAGCAUCGAUAAACUAAGGCAUGAAGCACUUAUGAGCAACCACUCUUGCAAAAAGAGGUUUGUAGGCCUGAUAUAA